UCUCUCUCUCUCUCACACACAGCAUACCUUUACGCCUCUCUCUCUCUCUCUCUCUCUCUCUAAAAUGUCGAUGAAAUCUCUCUGUAUCUUCUUCAACUCCAACCCUUGAAAAAACUCUAUGAUUGGUUCCUCCGUCUUUUUCCUCACUGAUCACGGCUAAAUAUCGAAUCAAAUCAUUCAAUCGUGUUUCACUUUCCUCAAUUUCUCCACUUCACAUCCAUUCUUCAUCUUUAAUCUUCCUUUUUCUGUUAAAUGAAACUAGAUCUAGGUCUUUUUCUACUCGUUUUACCUACUAUUUGAUUCAAUUCAUCAAUAAUCUCCUCGGUUUUAGGUUUCUGUGUGUGUUCGCAUCGAUAAUUGUGGUCAGGUGAUCAGGAAUUGAUGAUUGUUCAGCAAAUCUCGGUGAGAUGAGCAACAUGACAAGUGAAAGCGAGGACAUGAUAAUGUCCCGGGAUUGCAUCAAUUCACCCGGGAUGGAUGAGGUUAGCAUUGAAAGAAACAUGGUAGGAAAUGGAACUCUCAAGAAAGGUCCAUGGACAUCUGCUGAAGAUGCAAUAUUGCUGGAUUAUGUGAACAAACAUGGAGAAGGAAACUGGAAUGCGGUUCAGAAGAAUUCUGGGCUUUACCGUUGUGGUAAAAGCUGUCGGUUACGGUGGGCGAAUCACUUAAGACCUGAUCUAAAAAAAGGUUCAUUUACGCCUGAGGAGGAGCAACGAAUCGUUGAACUCCAUGCUAAGAUGGGUAACAAAUGGGCCCGCAUGGCUAUUGAGUUACCGGGACGUACAGAUAACGAAAUCAAGAAUUUCUGGAACACGAGAACCAAAAGAAGACAGCGUGCUGGAUUACCGAUUUACCCUCCUGACAUCUGUUUGCAAACACUAAACGACAAUACCCAAACCCAAAACAUGGUCACAUUCGAUGCAUCACACGCUGAAAUCCUACCAAAUAACGCCUUCCACAUUCCAGAUUGCGAGUUCAAGAAUUUGGAAUUAAAUCACGAGUUGUAUGGAUCAAGCAUUUUUGAUUUACCCGAAGGCAAUUUUCUUGAUUUUCCACAUGGGCUGGGAUCCAGUGCCUGUAAUAAUAAUAAUAAUAUUCUGUUCCCAAUGCUGAAACGGGUCAGGAGACCCGAUACAUAUAUGGUUUUUGAUGGUGGUCCCAGUGAAUAUGAAUAUUUCCCGACAGGUGAUCAGUUAUAUAAUCAAGACAUGAACAGUGGGGACGUACCAUCAUCAUUGUGCUUAUUUUCAGGCAGCCAUGCCUAUAUUAAUGGCAACACUUCUUCUUCAGGGCCCACUUUGUGGGCCCAGAAGAUGGAGCUCCCUUCACUCCAAUAUUCUACCCAAAUGGGUAGCUUUAACGCUGCACCUUCUUCCCCGUUGCCGUCCCUUGAAUCUGUUGAUACUAUAAUCGAACAGUCAACGUUGGUUGACCAAACAAAGUCAGAUAGGGACAGCGGGUUGUUAGAGGCAGUGUUAUUACAAUCCCAAAAUCUGAAAACGUCGAAGAGCGGUUAUAAUGAUUUGAAUGCUACAGUUGUGCAACGUGAUGUUGCCACUGACAGCUCGUCUCAACAGGAUGACGAUUGGGAUUCUAUGUCGCCUUUGGGCCAUUCUGCUGCUUCGGUUUUGAGUGAAUAUACUCCUCAUCUAAGUGGAAGCUCAUUGGAUGAACAUCAAUCUAUUGAAGCUGUUUCAGUUAAACAAGAAGCAGAGGAACCUGAUGCCAAGCAAUCUGAGAACAACGCGAACCACAUAAACUACUCAUGGCCCGAUCGUCUGUUGGACUUAAGCUGGUUUAGUUCGGGUUCAAAUGCAGACCGUAGUAAGUAUGAUCAUUGUGUGGUGAGUGACCCGAUUCGUGGCCUUGGCGAGGACUGUUGCAUCGAUUCCAACAAACACAUUUCGGCGUUUCACGGAUCUACCAGCAAAUGGGAUGAUCUUUCGGAAAUCUGCAGAAACUGUUAAAUGCUGCCUGCCUGCCUCCGUCUUUUAAGUUUCGGUUUUAAGAUGACUAUAUUUGUUGUUUUUCUUUUCUUUGCAACUGUUCAUCUUCAACUGCGCCUUUGUUGAUGUUAAAGACCAAUUUGGAUAAUAUUUCCAUCACAUAUUUGAUGAAUAAUGUGUAACUGUGAUAACGAAUAGCGACUUUAAACACAUGUUUAGACGACGUCGUAUAUGUGAUUUGCUUGUAAAAUUAAUAUCAGUUGUAUUAAAA